UCGCUCCAGGGCUGGCGCAGGGAAGAUUGCCCCCCUCGUCCUUCGGCUGGCCGCACCGGCGACCGAAUAGCAGCCGAGCUCGUUGCCUGAACCGUGUGUGGAGUCCCAAGGGCGGCUAGAGGAUCUGAAGGGGGCGCAGGAGCCCCGCGUCGCCUUCGAAGCUCGGCUUCCCUCGUAAAAGCUUCAAGUUAACCUCUGCUAAUCAAUUCCGGAGGGAGAGCUACUUGGGAAAUAAAAAAAGAUAAUCCCAACUGGCAUUUUUGGUCCAAGGAGGACCUGCUGAAAAUACAGAAGUAGUUGUGGCAUUAAGGAAUGCCUGUUAAGUUGAACAUUUUUCUGCUAGCAGUUGGGAGGGGAAAAUGCCUGUAACAGACCAGGCUUUUGUUACUCUUGUUACUAAUGAUUUUUAUUGCCAUGGAGCUCUGGUUCUUGGACAAUCCUUGAGGAAUCAUAAAACAUCUAGAAGACUGGCAAUACUAAUUACACCUCAAGUCUCCAGGGAAAUGAGGGCUGCCCUGAGGACCAUCUUUGAUUCCGUGGUUGAUGUUAAAGAAAUUGAUAGCAAUGACUUGGUGCACUUGACUCUCCUGAAGAGGCUGGAACUGGGUGUAACCUUUACCAAACUGCAUUGCUGGACUCUUACUCAGUAUAGCAAAUGUGUCUUCAUGGAUGCAGACACAUUGGUGCUUUGUAAUGUUGACGAACUCUUUGAGCGACAAGAAUUAUCAGCAGCUCCAGAUUCUAGUUGGCCAGACUGUUUUAACAGUGGUGUCUUUGUUUUCCAACCUUCUUUGAAAACCUUCAAACAUCUUCUUCAGUUUGCCAGUGAACACGGUAGUUUUGAUGGAGGUGAUCAGGGAUUGUUAAACAGUUUUUUCAGCAGCUGGGCAACCAAAGAUAUAAAUAAACACUUGCCAUUUAUCUAUAAUCUAAGCACCAGCACUGUCUAUACAUAUGCCCCUGCUUUCCAGCAUUUUGGUAAAGAUACAAAGGUGAUUCAUUUUUUGGGACCAGCAAAGCCCUGGAACUACAACUACAAUCCCCAGACAAGAACAGUCACAUCAAAUGAUUCAACUUCUGUAUCUGAAAAUCAGCUGCCAUUCCUAGAGCUUUGGUGGAUAACAUACAGGUCCAGUAUAUUACCAUUACUGGAAAAAUUUCAGGAGCCUCCAAUCCAGCAAAAGGAGCCUGAAAGGAACAAUGAUGAACUGACAUCUGAAAGCAAAAAUCCUCUUUUCAACAAUUCUUUGACAGCCUCAACAAAUUCAGGAUACAUUUCAGAAUCUGUUGUAAAUACAUCCUGUGAGUUAUCUGCCAAAAAUAAUAUUGCUAUAAAGAAAGAUGAAUGCAGUCUUGAAAGUGAUAAUGUUGAGCCAAGCAAGUCCUUCAUGGAGUUGUCUGUUCAGCCUGUUCCUCUCCAGACUAUGAAUGAAUUUGUCAGCCCUGUUGCAGAGGGGACUAUUCAGCCGGAGGCAAAGGAAUCAAGUGCAGAAGAUGAACGAAGGAAGUGGGAGGAUGGCCAUAUUGAUUAUCUAGGAAAAGACGCUUUCGAAAACAUCAAGAAGAAGUUAGAUGCUUUUUUAUUGUAGGUGUUUUUUCUUAUCCUUAUUGCAAUUGAUCUGUUUACAUUUUCAGAACACGCAAAGCCUUCAGGAUUAUAUCUUUUGCUUUGGUGAAAGGGAAAUUUCAGCAAAAAUAGAUUUUCUGACAUGACUAAACUUGCAAGCCUAGAUAAAUAUGUAUUUGCCAGUGUUUAAUUUUAGAGAAUGAAAUGCAUGGAGCUUUUAAGCUUUCCUUUUGCUGAGUCAAGCUUUGGUUCAAGUUCUCCAGAACCUUCCUUAGCUUAGGAAUAGCCUCUACAGCCUUGCAUCCUGUAAACUUGCUAGCUAGAAAAUUAAUCUGAAACUAUGAUAAAUGGCUUUAUACUUGUAGAUCAAAUAUGUUUUCCAUACUAGAUUUGGCAUGGAAGAGGGUAUAAAAAACUUGAAAGUAAAACACUCAAACGCUUACAACAGGGCU